AUGGCCGGCCUCGGGCGCGAGGGGGGCGGCGGCUUGUUCCUCCUGCUCGUCCCAGGUGUGGCCCUGCAAGUGAUCCUGGUGGUCCCCAACGCCACGGUGCCCGAGAAGGCCGCCUUCCAGCUGGACUGCAGCAUCACAUCUCGCUCGAGCCAGGACUCCCGCUUCGCUGUGGCCUGGUUUUCCCUGAGGACGAAAGUCAGCGGAGAAAAGGGCAGCCCUGGCCUGGCAGGACAGGAGGAGCAGGAGGAGGAGCAGGAGGAGGAGCAGGGGGAGGACCCCACGGAGAGGACUGCACUGCUGCGUGUGGGCCCUGACGGGGUCUUCGGCCCAGAGGGAGGCCCCUGGGAGGGCAGACUCCGCUUCCAGAGGCCCUCGCUGCUGCUCUUCCGGCUCACGGUGCUGCAGGCCAGCCCGCAGGACACGGGCAACUACUCCUGCCGCGUGGAGGAGUGGCUGCCCGGCCCUCAGGGAGAUUGGUACCUGCUGGCAGAGGAGGAGUCGGCCCCCAUCAGCAUCCGCGUCCUGGACACCGGCUCCACCCUGCAGUCCAGCAUUGGCUCCAAAGAUGCGCUCUUCUACUUCGUCCUCUUCUACCCCUUCCCCAUCUUCGGCAUCCUCAUCAUCACCAUCCUGCUGUUGCGCUUCAAGAGCCAGAACUCCAAGGCCUACAGGUGUGGGCGGGUUGAACACAGUGCUAUGGAGCUGUCCGCAGACUCUGCAGCGCGGUUUCGAUUCCCAGCCAGCCAGGGAGAUUCCUGCAUGGCAGAGCAGACCUCUCCUCUCUCGCCCACUGUUCCCCUCACCAGUGUUUUCAGUCCUUCUGCCUGUUCUGCUCCCUACUCUGUCUCUGGUGAAUCCUCACACCCUCCCUGGCCUGUGCCCUGACUCUUGUAUAAAUAAAAAUAAAUCUUUUUUUAAAAAAGAAAAAGAGCCUGAACUCCUAAGGGAAGAUGGGGCACCCCUGUUUUGCAUCAAAGAGCCACACCUCACCUACUCCCAGACAUGCCUGGAGCCAGUGUCAACCUCCAUGGAGA